GGAGAAGUGGAAAAGGAAUCCCAAACACGCACGCCCUGUUUCCAUCCAUCAUUUCUUUCCCGCCAAAACCAUUUCCCCUCAUUCUUCAUCGUCUACUGUGAUGGGCGGCGGUGGACCGGAGAAGACUCUAUUGGACUUCUUGACGGAGUAUUACUCUGAUCAGCUCCAGUCGAUCAUUCUCUCUUCUGAUAAUCGUCUUCAUUACCCCAUUUAUGUCGAUUUCGCUGAAGUGAUGGAGCACGAUUCUCCACUUGCGCAUGAGAUCCUGUUUGAACCAACGGAGUAUUUGCCUGUAUUCGAUAAUGCAGCCAAAUUGGCUCAGGAAACCGUGUAUGAAAAAGUGAAGGAAAUUUGGAAACAUGAAAGUUGUAACGAAGGCGUAGAUCGUCCGCCUCCAAGUAUUAAGGAGUUUGUGCAUGUUCGGAUUGAAAUUCGUGGUCCCAUGCUUGAUAAUCCUGAGUUUUGUCCAAGCAUUGGACGCGUACGUGUGAAGCACCGGGGCAUACUUCUCACUCUAAAGGGAACAGUAAUUAGAUCUGGAGCGGUUAAGAUGAUAGAAGGGGAGAGGGAGUAUGAAUGUCGGAAAUGUAAAUACAGGUUUAAGGUUCAUCCUGAACUGGAAAGCAGGAACUCCAUACCCAAGCCAAUGUUUUGUCCUUCUAAGAAACAAAAAUAUUGUGAAAGCACCAGUUUCCAGCUUUUAGAGGGAAACAAAGUGUGUCAUGAUUACCAGGAGAUAAAGAUCCAAGAAAGCACUCAAGUUUUAGGUGUCGGGGCAAUCCCUCGUUCAAUUCCCGUUAUUCUGCAGGAUGAUCUUGUUGAUGUUGUUAAAGCUGGAGAUGAUGUAAUUGUCACAGGAGUUUUGACAGCUAAAUGGUCCCCAGAUUUGAAGGAUGUUCGCUGUGACCUUGAACCUGUAUUAGUGGCUAAUUACGUGAGGCGAAUAAACGAGAUAAAGCUGGAUAUUGAAAUCCCUGAUGAAGUUAUUCUGCAAUUCAAAAACUUUUGGUCUGAAUUUAAAGAAGCGCCAUUAAGCGGAAGAAAUGCCAUUCUUCGGGCUAUUUGUCCACAAGUUUACGGUCUCUUUACCGUGAAGCUAGCAGUUGCCUUGACACUUAUUGGAGGAGUACAGCAUGUCGAUGCUUCUGGGACAAAAGUUCGAGGCGAGUCUCAUCUUCUCCUGGUUGGAGAUCCAGGUACAGGAAAGUCUCAAUUCUUGAAAUUUGCUGCUAAGUUGAGCAAAAGAUCCGUUAUCACUACUGGGUUAGGAAGCACUAGUGCUGGGUUGACAGUUACUGCCGUAAAAGAUGGAGGUGAAUGGAUGUUAGAAGCUGGGGCCCUUGUCUUAGCGGAUGGUGGACUUUGUUGCAUUGAUGAGUUUGAUAGCAUGAGGGAACACGAUAGAGCUACUAUACAUGAGGCAAUGGAGCAGCAGACUAUAAGCGUUGCUAAGGCGGGUCUUGUAACUACUCUCAGCACACGAACUAUAGUCUUCGGGGCAACAAAUCCCAAAGGGCAAUAUGAUCCUGAUCAAUCUUUGUCUGUCAACACGACAUUAUCUGGUCCUUUAAUUAGUAGAUUCGACAUAGUUCUGGUUCUUUUGGACACAAAAAAUCCCGACUGGGAUAAAGUUGUUUCCGACCAUAUUCUUGAUCAGGUAGAAACGGAAAAUGACAAAUUUCAUGAAGAUAUUAGUAAGAAGUGGCCUCUUUCCUUGCUCAGAAGGUACAUCCACUUUGUAAAGGGAUAUUUCAGGCCAACUCUAACCAAAGAGGCAGAAAAUGUUAUUUCUAGAUAUUAUCAACUACAAAGAAGAUCUGCAACAGAAAAUGCAGCAAGAACCACUGUUAGAAUGCUUGAAAGUUUGAUUCGACUUGCUCAAGCACAUGCAAGAUUGAUGUUCAGAAAUGAAGUGACUCGAUUAGAUGCUAUUACCGCAAUAUUAUGCAUUGAGUCAUCUAUGACAACGUCCGCCAUUGUCGAUAGCUUUGGGAAUGCUUUGCACUCCAAUUUUACCGAUGACCCUGAUCAAGAAUAUGCCACACAAGAAGAGCAGAUCCUUGCAAAGCUCAACUCUCCUGACUAUAUAAUUAGCAUAUGAUUGUGGUCAACAUGGCAUAUGUAAAACUGAAGUUAAAUGUGAAUAAUAUUGUUCGACGAUUAUUUUAAUUGAUUCUAUAUUUCUGUUGUU